AUGCCAUUAGUCAAAUCCGCAGAUGUGUUUAUAGAAAGAUCUCUUAACUUGUUACAAAUCAAUCCUACCACAACAAGAGUUUCAAUAACGUAUGGUUCAGAUUCUAAAAAAAUUGAAAAAAAGAAUAAAGUGAAUAAACCAUCUGAUGAAAAUAAAUCAUUUGUUUCUUUCAAGACUUAUGAUCCUGUAUCAGGUCAAUUACACAAGAUUAAGACAAAUAAAGUUAAAGAAUUAUCAAAAUUAUUGAAUGCUUUAGGUCCUCAUGGUGUUUCUGUGCCUAAAGUUUCUAAAUCAUCAUCAUCACAACCAACAUCAACUACAACCUCCACCACAGAUGAACCUGAAAAGAAGAAACAAAAAACAGUUGAACAAAUAAGUUUAAGAGGAUUUAGUUCAGUUUGGGCAAAUACAGAUAUUAAAGAAGAAGAACCAUCACCAGAACAAACUAAACAAACUGAAACUUCAAAUACUCAAUCUGGAACAAGUUCUAAAAAAAGUAAAAAGAAGAAAGGUAAAAAAUAA